AUGACCGCAUUGGGAAAUGGAGAUGACCCGAUUGCGUCAAAGACAUCGGUCUGGGCCAGUAGAAUGCGCAUCACAAACCCCACCGGCGAACACCGUCGAUUUGAUGCCGAUGAUUGGCUGUCUGCCAAUAAAGUUGCGGAUCCUGCAUUUCUCGCCGAGUCGCGGCCGAAGGUGAUGUCGACCUGCGUGACAUUGGAGACGGCCGGAGGGAGUCGACGGAGUCUUCCGACGUUGUUCAUUUGGCCGAUGCUUCUAGGUUUAGGGUUUCAGAUUGGCCUUCGACCUUCUGGCGUUCGAGGUGGAGGGUGGCGUCGGUGA